UCUCACUUGGCUUCUGUUUUAAAACAGCUCCUGAACUAUAGAUCCUUUUUUCUCUCUCUCCCUUUAUUCUUCUUGUCUUCCUCUCCACAUCAAGUCAUGUUUAUUUACUGGCUACAGUUAAACUGCUUCUUCUGAGUUUGCCUGAGACAAGAGGAGUUUCUUUCUUGGCUUUGCAGCAAGAGGAGGGGAGGGGGCAACACAGUUUCAAAGAAGUUGAAGAGGCUGCAGGAGAAAAUAAAAAGGAUCGCUGCAGAUCUGCUGUAAGAGCAACAUAUAUUUGAUACAAGGAUUAGGAAGAGAAGCAGAUUGAUAUAUAUUAGUUCUAGGCUGGUUACACAUGGCUUGCAACAGGUGGGGGAUUUUCCUGUGUGCUUUUGUCUGCCUUUGGUCUUCUGUAGCUAAUGUUGAAAGAGUAAGGAAGAUCACUUAUGUGGUGCACCCCGGACCUCCAGGACUUUAUCAGCAGCAGCAGCACCCAGUUGCCUUAAGCAGCCACAAUGUGGUAGUAAGCAGCAGCCAUGUGAGCAGCACCCAGGAGAGAAGCCGCAGGAUGAGUAGGGUGAGCUCUAACCCUAGUCCUAUAUUGGUGCACAAGCAGCAACAACAAAUCCAGGGACAGCACAAUUCAGCUCCUGCUAUCAGCAAACAAACCAGGCACUUUACCUUAUCCAGGACCAGCCUGCAGCAGGAAACCCCCGGGAACCCCACUAUGCAACAGGAUAGCCCCAGGAACCCCAAUAUGCAACAGACCAUCCCAAGACAACACAGCAUGCAGCAGCUGCAACACAAGUUCCAGCUCCAGGGGGUGAAUGUCUGUGGAGGGAAGUGCUGUCAUGGAUGGAGUAAAUCUACAGCAUCAGAAAGAUGCACAAAACCUAACUGUACACCACCUUGUCAGAACGGAGGAAUGUGUCUACGUCCCCAUCUGUGUGUGUGCAAGCCAGGGACCAAAGGCAAGGUAUGUGAGGAGAGCCCCAGUCAAGACACCACCUCCACUGCUUCAGGAGGUCAAGGUCCAGGGGUUCCAGCACCUCCAUCUCGGCCUAUUCCACAGCAGGCAGCACCACCGAAAAAGGUCUCUCCAGAAGCCAAUCAGCCAGGGCAAGUGACACUGGCACUUAAGCAAAAGCCACCUGUCUACUUAACUCAGCAUGUUCAGUCACAGAUGAUACAACCACAGCAGCAGUCUCUACCUAUAAACCUACAACAUGGACACACUCAGCAGUUUCUGAUUAAGCCCAAAUAUUUCUCAAACUCCAAAAAUGGUCUGUUGGGUGAACAAUCUACAGAAGGUUCGUUACCGCUCAGAGCAGGCCUGGAUCAUCUGUCCUCAGCUCUACAAUUGGGAAACCAGACUGGACGCAUCAAGGUGGUCUUCACGCCCAGCAUUUGCAAAGUAACCUGCACCAAGGGGCACUGCCAGAACAGCUGUGAGAAAGGAAAUACCACCACACUUAUUAGCGAGAAUGGGCACUCCGCAGACACCCUGACAUCAAGUAACUUCAGAGUUGUGAUUUGCCACCUUCCGUGUAUGAAUGGAGGGAAGUGCACUGCUCGGGAUAAAUGUCAUUGCCCACCUAAUUUUACCGGCAAACUUUGUCAAAUCCCAUUACAGAAUGGCAACAUACAUAAGCAAUAUCCACAUCAACAGCAUGUGAUGAAAGCCACGGGAUCACAGGUUAUUCAUUCUACCCACACUCUCCCUCUCACUGUGACCGGUCAGCAGGGAAUUAAAGUUAAUUUUCCUCCUAAUAUGGUAAACAUCCAUGUGAAGCACCCUCCAGAAGCCUCUGUACAGUUCCACCAGGUGUCCAGAGUUGAAAGCUCAUCUUCCACACAGAAGCUAAAGGAUGGGCAGACAAGUCAAACUCAGAUUUCUUACCAUGGCAUUCCAGUCCAGAAACAUCAACUACCACAUACUGUGUACCCACAUCAGCAGACUGUGUCCCAUGUGUAUCCAACCUCAACCAAAAACCAACUUGGACGUUGUUUCCAAGAGACCACAGGAACACAGUGUGGUAAACCACUACCAGGGCUCUCAAAACAGGAAGAUUGUUGUGGGACAGUGGGGACUUCCUGGGGCUUCAACAAAUGCAUGAAGUGUCCGAAGAAGAUAAGUCAUCCUGGAUAUUCUCAGAUGAUGGAAUGUCCUCAAGGUUACAAGAAGAUCAAUGCCACAUUUUGUCAAGAUAUUAAUGAAUGUUACUUGCAAGGAAUUUGUCCUAAUGGCGAAUGCUUAAACACUAUUGGAAGUUACAGAUGCACGUGCAAACCAGGGUUUGUGCCCGAUUCCACAUUGUCUUCCUGUGUUGCUGAAAAUCUUUUGAUGUCUGAGGAGAAGGGACCGUGUUACCGGCUCGUCAGCCCAGGAAAGCAGUGCAUGCACCCUCUUUCUGUCCAACUCACCAAGCAGCUAUGUUGUUGUAGUGUUGGGAAAGCCUGGGGGCCACAAUGUGAAAAAUGCCCACAACUGGGAACAGCUGCUUUUAAGGAAAUUUGCCCUGGUGGAAUGGGCUACACAGUAUCUGGUACUUACAGGACACAGUCUAAUGUACCUGCUUACCCUCCGAUAGUAAGAGUGCCUCCUCAUAGAACCAUUACCGUACAGCCGCCUGUAAAAGCAACACGCCCACCAGUGAAGGAGGAACCCGUGGAAGCUCUUUUUGUGUCUCAAAGGAAUGAUCCAGAUUCAACUACAGGUACUGAUCAGGAAGUACAAACACUGGAUGAUAAAUCAGUAUUGGAUAAUGGUCAGCCUCAGCUAUCUCCUGGAAUUUCCACAUUUGACAUACAGCCUCAAUUCCCAACUCUUGUCGUAAGAACAUCUCCUCCUGUUCCUGUUGCUGUUGACGAAGAUUCAUCAAGCGCAAGUCAAGUAAUUCCUCCAACUAAAUUAAUAGAGAUCAAUGAAUGUGCAGUGGAUCCUUACAUUUGUGGAGAAGGUCAGUGCAUCAACCUACCAGUAGGUUACACAUGUAGCUGCCAAAAUGGGUAUAAGCUGAAUGAACAAGAGACGAAGUGCAUUGACAUCAACGAGUGUAUCCAGGAUUCCAGGCUCUGUUCAUAUGGGCGCUGCGAAAAUACAAGAGGAAGCUUCUUGUGCAUUUGUUAUGAUGGGUAUAUGGCCAAUGAACAAGGAACAGAUUGCAUUGAUGUGGAUGAGUGCUUACGACCACACGUAUGUGGGGAUGGGCGUUGUAUAAACAGUGUUGGCUCUUUCCGUUGUGAAUACUGUGACAGUGGCUUCCGCUUUAACAGUGAAUAUCAAUGUGAAGAUAUCGAUGAAUGCUUAAAUCCAAGUACAUGCCCUGAUGACAGAUGCGUUAACAAUCGCGGUUCUUAUGCUUGCGUUCCAUGCCCAGAAGGCUAUAGGGGAAGCAAUGGGAACUGCUAUGACAUCAAUGAAUGCCAGGAAGAUGCCAUAUUGUGUGCUAAUGGUGAAUGUGUCAAUCUUGAGGGUUCUUACAAGUGUACAUGCCAAAGAGGGUAUGAAUCAACCUCAGACGGCAAACAAUGCAUAGAUAUAAAUGAAUGUCUGCGUGGUGAUUUAUGCUUGAAUGGCCAAUGCCAAAACACGGAAGGUUCAUUUAUUUGCUCCUGCAACCCAGGGUAUCAACUUGCUCCGUCUAGGGAACAUUGCGAUGAUAUUGAUGAAUGUCAAAAUCAGAGCCUAUGUGGUCAUGGCCAGUGCAGGAAUUCAAUGGGAUCUUUUACAUGUAUAUGUGACGAAGGUUACAAAGUGUCUGCUACAGGAGAUCAGUGUGAAGACAUAGAUGAAUGCCAGGAGGCGGCUGAAGCUUGCCAAGGAGGAGGAAUCUGCCAUAAUACAUAUGGGUCUUAUGAAUGUUCUUGUCCAGAUGGCUUCCAGCUUGUAGACGGCAGAAGGUGUCAAGAUAUUAAUGAGUGUGAAGAUUCUGAACUUUGUUCUCCUAAUGGGGAAUGUAUGAACACUGAUGGUUCCUUCCUGUGCAUCUGUGAACAAGGCUUUACCAUUUCAUCCAAUCACAGCACUUGUGAAGAUGUUGAUGAAUGUGCUAACCUCACUCACUGUGGCAGCCAAGGGUUCUGUGAAAAUACUGAAGGGUCUUACCGCUGCCUGUGUUACCAGGGUUACCAGGACUCUUUGGAUGGGCAAGGUUGUGUUGAUGUGAACGAAUGUGAAAUGCUUAGUGGAGUUUGUGGAGAGGCCCGAUGUGAAAAUGUAGAAGGAACUUUCCUCUGUCUGUGCCAUGAUGACAAGCAAGAAUACGACCCUAUGACUGGGCAGUGCCAUUUAGCAGGUAGCUACGAUUUAGAAGGUCAACAUUCUAAUGAAGAAAAGAAAGAAUGUUAUUAUAAUAUCAAUGAUGCCAACUUGUGCGAAAAUGUGCUGACUGCCAACGUCACCAAGCAAGAAUGUUGCUGCACAUUGGGUGCUGGAUGGGGAGACAACUGUGAGAUUUUCCCUUGCCCUGUGGUUGGAUCUGACGAAUUUACAGCAAUGUGCCCUGAAGGAAAAGGCUAUAUCCCAUCAGAGGAAUCCUUAUAUGAAGGCAACGGGGUGACUUACAAAGAUGCCGAUGAGUGCUUGCUGUUUGGAAAAGAAAUAUGCAGAGAUGGAUUCUGUGUAAAUACUCAGUCUAGUUAUGAAUGUUACUGCAAGCAAGGCACAUACUAUGAUCAUGUCAGACUUCAGUGUUUUGAUAAUGAUGAAUGCCAGGAUCCAAACGCUUGUAUUGAUGGCCAGUGUAUUAACACAGAGGGAUCUUACACCUGUUUCUGCACUCGACCUAUGGUUCUAGACGCUACAGGAAAACGUUGUGUUGGACCAAUGGAACCAAGCGAUCCUGUAGAAGAAAUGGAUGUUUUCCAAGAUCUCUGCUGGCAAGCCAUUAGCGAAGAUGACGUGUGCAGCCAACCUUUGAUUGGGAAGCAAACUACUUAUACAGAAUGCUGCUGCUUAUACGGGGAAGGAUGGGGGAUGCAGUGUGCUCUCUGCCCAAUGAGGGACUCUGAGGAUUAUGCUCACUUGUGCAACAUCCAUACCCAAGGAUUCAGGCGGCCUUAUGGAGAAGAUGCAUUAAUAGACUUGCCGCACCACUAUAUUCCACAGGAUCCCUAUACUCUUGAUGAUAACUAUAGAAACAGUUAUGAAGAGCUACAAGCAGAGGAGUGUGGAAUACUUAACGGAUGUGAAAAUGGAAGAUGUGUUAGAGUACAAGAAGGUUAUACAUGUGAUUGCUUUGAUGGCUACCACUUGGACAUGGCAAAAAUGACUUGUGUUGAUGUCAAUGAAUGCAAUGAGCUGAACAGUAGGAUGUCCCUCUGCAAGAAUGCUAAGUGCAUUAACACAGAAGGGUCGUACAAAUGCGUAUGUCUGCCAGGCUAUGUACCAUCAGAUAAGCCUAACUACUGCACAGCACUGAACUUGGAGAAAGACGACAGUGAACUGGAAUAAUUCAGGAACAGAUCCAUUUUUUUCUCAGCCCACAAACACUGCACUGUAUAAAGGAAAAGUUGAUGUGUAUGUUACUUGAGGUGAAGAUGGAAGAGAAUCAAUAAUACUUUGAUGUGUGGAAAAUUACAUUCAAAGCUUAUGUCUUUGAAAGUGGAAUGUGAUGGAAGACUUAACCUACAACAGAUUCAAUAAACUAUCAGACCAAAUGGACACAUUUUGUCUACAGAGGAUACCACCCAAUUAUAUUGUCUGAACAUGCAUACAUGUUUUUGGAAAAUAGACAAAGUAUUGAUAUUUUAAACCGGUUAUUAUUAUUUUGUAAUAUUGCUUAUUAACUUGCAUUUAAAUAGCGGUGGUAGAUUUUGUAACACUUCUUGACGAUGCAGCACAUCUGGAUACUGUAGCAUUUCAGAACGAUCGAGAUGAGAGAAAAAAAUUUUUUUUUGGUGCAAAUAUUUUUAUAGGGUCAUUUUCUGAGAACUCUUUCACAUGAUAAUGCUUUUCUUUGGAAACAUUGGUCAGUGACAUUUUAUAAACUCGUCUGCCCCGUGGAGCAUUCUUUUUUUUAUUUCUUUUGUACAUCUUGGCUUGAAAUAUCUAUCCGUUUUUUGUACUCAGCCUUUGUCUUUUACUGCACUUAAAUUCUAUAGAAUUUUUCUUGCCAAGUUUCAAAGCUGCUAGAGAACAAUUGCAUUCGAAUAUGUACAUUUAAUUAGAUACAUAAGUGCCCCUAAACUCAUUUUUAAUGUGUAAAUUGAACAUGAAAAACAAUCUUGUUUGAGUUUAUUAAAGCUGUAUAUUAAACCUCAAUAAUAAAAAUUCUUUUUAUUUA